CACCGCCAGAGGUCACCCAAGAAUCUCUCUUCCUCCGCUGGUCGGACACCCCACCGCUCCUUCGACCCUUUGCAUCCACAUCAUGUACUAUGGAUGGCUUGUGGGUAUCGUCCUGUCGCUAGCGGCGAGUCUCGUCGGGACUGUGGGCAAGGUGCUCAUGAAGCUAGCCCACAAGCGCCGCGAAAACCUGCUUUACUUUGCCGGCGCGUUUGUCUGUGUGAUCAUCCUGAAUCCCGUGUUCGACGCGUGGAGCUAUUCGUUCGCGGCGCAGUCCGUGCUGGCGCCCAUGGCGGGGUUUAGCGUAGUGUGGAACAUCGUGUUGUCUCCGUUCGUCCUCCAGGAGAAGCUGUCCGACCAGGUCGUGCAGGGUUCGUCCAUCAUCCUCGUAGGGUGUGGCCUCGUGAGCAUGUCCGGCGACCACGCUUCUCCCACCCACACACCCGACCAGCUCUACGCGCUGUUUUCCGAAGCCAUUUUCAUGGUGUAUGCUAGCAUCUCGGUCGUGUCUUGCAUUGCGUUGUCGUACAUUGUCCACACGUUUCCGCAUUCGAGCUACACGCGGCGCUUUGCGUUUGGCGCGCUGGCCGGGCUCGUGGGCGGCAACCUCUACUUUAUGAAAACGUCUGUCGAGCUGAUCGGCAACGGCGGCGAAGUAUGGACGUAUGUUGGCACGUAUUUCAUCUUUGCGGGCGCGUUGGGCAGUGCUGCCGGUGGCAUUUUCGUGCUAAACCUGGGUUUGAAAGAGUAUGAUGCCUUGUACAUCGUAGCCAUCUACGAGUCGUUCCUGAUCCUCUGCGGGUCGAUUUCAGGAGUGAUUUUCUUCCGGGAAGACCAUGGCAUGCAAGGGUGGUGGCAAGUGGUGAUGUAUCCAGUGAGCAUCGUCACGACGAUCGUGGGGGUCGUCGUGUUGUCGCGGCAGCCGUCCCAAGCAGCCACCCUCGAGGAAGAGGAGCACCAGCCUUUGAUCAACCCCAAACUCGUCGUGAAUGCCGUCUAAUGUGCAAGGACGACUGUAGCCUCCAUAACGAUACAUAGACAAAUGUUCAUAAUUGUAAGCUAGUGCAAUAACGUUAUUACAAACGAAAAUUGCUGGCUAAUAUUAAUAUUAAUAAGUCCAAAUCUCUCCA